CCUUACACCUCCUCUCCACGAGCACCACCUCUCCUGUGCGCACACACCCGCGUAUUCCUGACCCCCCGCAUAUUCGUCGACCUGGCCUGGCUUCCGCGCGUUUGCCGUUUCUGCGCUGCUGGUUCUCGCGCCACUUCUGCAUCCCUCACUCCCGACUUGCACCUCCGCGGUCUCGAAUCCAUCCACACGCGUUCCAUCACACAUCAUGUCGCGCUCGCUGCAGGAUCAGUUCAUCGACGAUGACGAGGAAGAGACGUGUCCGCUGUGCGUGGAGGAGUUCGACCUCACUGACAAGGGCUUCCGACCAUGUCCAUGCGGCUACCAGAUUUGCCAGUUCUGUUAUCACAAUGUUAAGACCAACAUGAACGGCUUAUGUCCCGCCUGCCGUCGACCCUACAAUGACGCCGAUAUAGAGUACAAAGUCAUCACACCGGAGGAGACGGCGGCCCACAAAGCGCGACAGGCCCAGAAACAGAAGAAAACCCAGCAAGCGCUGCAGAAGGAGAAGCAGAAAGCUGAAGCUGACAAUCUCAGUCGCAAGCAUCUGGCCGGAAUGCGAGUCGUGCAAAAGAACUUGGUUUAUGUGACCGGAUUGAGCCCGACCUCGCAAGAAGACCAGCUACUUCAGACCCUGCGCGGCGACCAAUACUUCGGACAGUAUGGUAAAAUCAUCAAGAUCGUCGUUAGUAAGGCGAAGGACCCUUCACAUCCCCACUCCGUUGGCGUAUACGUGACCUACGAGCGCAAAGAGGAUGCUGCUUCAUGUAUUACUGCCGUCGACGGAUCUAAGAAUGGAGAUCGAACUCUCAGAGCCCAGUUUGGUACUACUAAAUACUGCUCGGCAUAUUUGAGAGGGGAAAACUGCACUAACAGGAAUUGCAUGUUCCUCCAUGAACCUGGGGAGGCGAAUGAAAGCUACUCGCGUGCCGAUCUCUCUGCGCUCAACGCCGGCUCGUCUCAGCAAGGCUCCGGUCGACCACCGCCUCCGCAGUCCCAACAACCUGUUGCUUCUGCAGCUCCACCGAUGGUGCAGCAAGGCAGUAGUGACCAACAUCCAUCCAGUCCUGCAUUAGACCGACCAGCGCUACCGUCCACAGCCAGCUGGGCGUCGAAACUACCCCAAUCGAGCCGCGCAGAGAGUCGAAGCACGAGUGGCACCCAGGAGAGCCCUGCUCCUGCGGCGUCAACUCCUGCCACCACGCAUCCUGAAGUUGCGCAAGAACAAGACUCAACUUCGCCGCCGAUAGAGGCUUCUGCCGAUAGCAGCGUGCCAGCCCCAGACCUACCAAUAUCGCAUCCGGAAAUACGCCCUCGACCGCAAGUUUCUCCGAUCGAUACGUUAUUCAAGAAUUUCUCUCUGGACGAUUUCAAGUUGGUCUGGUCCUCCACUUGUUUAUCAGAAGCGGACCGCAAUAUGAUCGUAAACUUCCCCCUGUUAUUCGAUGAGCACGGCGGGGCCAAGCGCCGUCUGCGUAGACAACGCGAAGAAGAGCGACAACGCAUCGAACAAGAAACCCAAGGGUUCCAGCACGCCGCGGUAGAACAGGACGACAAUCCCGAGAUGAGCGGAAGUUUGCAGCUCGGUGGCGAACCGGAAGAGCGACACAGUAGCACUCAAAUGCAAGGCGCCAUUCAUCCACCGGGACAGGAUGCGAACACCGAUCCCAGAUACCAGUAUGCCGGUGCAGCGACAUCAAGCCCUGGGGCCAGUGAUCGAGGACUCACUCCGCAGCAGCAUCAGCAAAUGCUCUUGCAGACACUCAAACCCAAUGCCCCUGGGACUUUCAUGAACAAUCCAACCCAGCAAAGCACAUAUAAUGCGCCAUCAUUUCCUCAACAAUCGGCAAAUAAUUCACAACUCGGCCAUCAACGCAACGUCUCUCGGUACUCCUUCGCCAACGAGGCUGCUCCAACUGCAACCUCAGUCAAAGCAGUCGCGAACCCCAAAUUGAUGAAUCAGCAAUCCGCAAUGAUGCCUCCGACCGGAGGCAAUCACUUCGGCACGCAACAUCAAACGCCUCAUGGACAAUUCUAUACAAGCAAUGUGCAAGGACCUCCUCCAGGACUUAAAACGACUGGCACACCUCCUGUCAGCGGCAAUCUCACGUUCGGACAAGGACAUGGCUUUGCUACAGGAGGUCUACAAUAUGGUGCUGGUUCUACUCGUAACCAGCAGGAUAACUACUACAGGGAUUUGCUGCGCGGCAACGAAGCAGCCUCCGGCCGUGGUGAUCCUAAGCGUGAGUUACAAUCCCUUCCCACAUACAACACUGCCCAAUCACAUGCAGCGUUCAUGGCGAGUCAACCCAAUGCUUACCCUGCCCCACCCUAUGCAAACCUUGGUGCUUUUGGCGAUGGCGAAAAGCAACGAAAGAAGAAGGGAAAGAAGCACAGACACGCUAACACUUCCUCCUCUUCAGGAGGUGGUAUGAUCGAUGUGUCAGAUCCCGGAGCCAGCCAUCUUCUUCAAUCAAGAAUGCAUCAGGGUGCGAGCGGGUUCGGCGGAGGUACGUUUGCCGGUCAAGCCGUGGGCGCUGCAGGUGGGUUAUACUCGGGCAUGCAUAGCGGCGGCGGCUACAGCGGGCGAUGGUAGAUGGUGUGCGGAGUGCUUUUCCCCUCGAUUACGCUCUUUACGGCACAGACGCGGCUCCAGACGCGUCUUGACGAGAUAUUGUUUUCAGCGAUGCGACUUUUUCGUCUUCUUGUAAGGUGUUCACGGGACUGGAUCGAUGGACUGGACUAGCGCCAAGUGUUGGACGCUGGCUAGUGGAAUCGUCUAUCGGCAGGCGUCGAGCUGCGCAGCGUUUCGAUCUGGGAAGCUGCGGGAGACCGAGGGUCACGGCGUCAUAUUUUUCGGGCUGAAGCGGCGUUUUUAUUGCCCAUUUUGAGGCGCUCACCAUGCCGCUUCUUGUACGUAUCUCAUGGACCUUCGUUAGUGGCUGAUAGAUUGACUGAAAGAUAGUUUCAUGGCUCAUCACA